AUGUCUGUUCGCUCAAUCUUCACCGGCCGCAUGGGCUCCUCUGCGGCCAAUGUUCUCGCCCAUUCCUCUCCCGUUUCCCGAUUCGGCUCACAAGGAGCUUCGGCGCAACUUGCGCGCCUCCACUCGACCGUUGUUCGUCCGUCGUGUGCCGUCAAGAACCAAGACCUCCGGCCUCAUGCUCGGCCCUCUACCAUCUCACAGUACCGCCCAGCCGGUCUGCGUACGCAGUCGACUGCGGCACCGAGCAAGAAUGAGGUGAAGCUGGACUGGGAUUCCUUCUUCAAGCUCCGCGCUUCUCGCCGUCGCUACUCUUUGGCAUCCUCGGUUAUCAGCUCCCUCGUCUCUACCACCGCCGGUGUGCAGGUUCUCUCAGCGCAGGAUCUGGAGUCUCUGGGUGCUCAGGUCAUGGGUCUGGAUCCGUUCGUCGUUCUCGGCAUGGCGACCGCAGCCUGUGGUGCUGUCGGCUGGCUGGUUGGUCCAGCUGUUGGCAAUGGUGUCUGGGGCCUGGUUUACCGCCGGUAUAAGCCCUCUGUGGCAACAAAAGAGAAGGAGUUCUUCGACCGUAUUAAGCGAUUCCGUGUGGACCCGUCUACCAACUCGAUUGCGAACCCCGUCCCCGACUACUACGGCGAGAAGAUUGGCAGUGUGCAGGGAUACCGACAGUGGCUCAAGGAUCAGCGAGCCUACAACCGCAAGCGCCGUAACUUUAUCGUCUAA